UGGGACUUUUGCUGUUUUGCGGCUGGCGCCUCACCUGCUCUUCUCGCGUACGCCCCGUUGUAGCCAUGUUGGCUCAAGGCCGUACGUUCGCGGCUGCAUGCUGGCAGCACCGGCCCCCGUGGCUCGAGCGAUGGCGGUGCUGCAGCCAGCUCGUGGGGUGACCUGGCCAGCGGGCGGCCUGCAGGCUGCGACCGCGACGCUCGCACUCGAUGCGGCGCCCUCGUCGGCGUCGGCCUGGGCGUCGGCCUGUGAGGGUGCAGGGCCCGGCGGCCGAGGCCCUCUGACUGCCGCUGCGGCGGCGGCGGCCGCCGCGGGUGGUGCCGCCAGGGCUCGGCCGAGAAGGACGCGCCGGGGCCCGCGGGCCGCUCGUGUUGGCGGCUGCGAGCCAGGCAUGCAGCCGCUGAUGGAGUGGGUGAGGCAGCAUGGUUUCGAAGUGGACGGCCUUGAGCCUCGGGCUUCAGGCUUGGAGGGCGGCGGCAACGGCGUCUUCGCGACCCGAGACUUCGCGGAGGGCGAGGUCAUCGCGAGGGUCCCCUGCAGCAUGACGAUCUCGUCGCUGGGCGCGCCGGAGGCGGCAGCGGGCCUCCCACCGUGGGCCCAGCUGGCAGCUGCGCUCUUGCACGAGAAGCGGCUGGGCGGUGCGUCGCGCUUCGCGACCUACCUGGCAUCACUGCCCCAGGCGCAGGACAUGCCCACGCACCCAAUGUUCUGGCCGCGGGGCCUCCGACCUGACGCUCUCUGGCCGGCCAGUCCGCAGGGCCUCUUCACGGCGCGCCAUGCGCUAAUGCGAGGGGUAGCCCUCACCAGGGCUCUUUUGUCCGCGGGCCUGGCCGAGACAGAGCAGGAGGCUCGCUGGGCGCUCGCGAUGGUCGACUCCAGGUCUUUUUGUUUGGGCGCGAUGGGGGAGAAGCCGAACCUCUCCUUCACUCCCAUGCUGGAUUUCUUGAACCACGAGGUGGAGGGGGGCGGCAUGCGGCCCAGCUGCUCCAUGAACGACCGCUCGCUGCAGGAGGGCUUUGUGCAGCUGAGCGCCGAUCGUGACCUCAAGGCGGGCGAGGAGCUCCUCAUCAGCUACGACUACGGGCCGAGCAUGCAGAUCUUCACCCGCUACGCCUUCGUGCAGCGCGCCCGCGGCGUCGAUGCCACGGACCGCUUCGAGAAGUGCUACCUGGAGGCGCCUGUGGACGACCCCGGGCUGCCUGGGGGGGAGGCGGCGCGGGCUGCGCGCGUCAGGGCUCUCAAGGAGGUCGGUUGGUUCAGGGGCGCGUGGCGGCCGCUGCUGCUGAACCUGCCGGACAACGUCAAGGCGGGCGGCCUGCUGCUGCCAGCGGCCCGCCUGUGCGUCCUCCGCAGCCCGCAAGGAGGAGGUGGCCCUGCUCGGCGUCGGCGUGCUGCGCGGUGGCCAGCUGGAGGAGGGCCUGGAGGUCGCCGCCGUGGCCCUGGCGCGGCGCUGGGUCGAGGAGGCCAUCAACGGGGUGGACACCAACCUGCUGCGCCUGGCUCGUGGGGGCUGCAGGGGACAAGGCCCCCAGCCUGGCGCCGAGCUGCUCGCGACGGCCCGCGACCUGCUGGGCGUGGAGCGCGCAGUGCUGAGCGCCAGUCUCGAGCUGCUCCCGCAGCACGUCCCCUCCUGAGGAGACCGUGCUGACGGCCCCCGCCGAGCAAGCAA